UGGGUGAAAAUAAUGAAAAGGAAGUGGACUUUUACUUUCAAUAUCAUUCGCUCUCUUUUGACUUCGUUUGCUUACAGACCCAGGAUACUGAAAACAAUGUUUUUCUCUAACAUAUUUUUGGUUGUUUCUUUGAUGACCUUUCUGCGGGACUUCCAUGUGACCAGUUGUGAUACCAACUGUACAGAUAGACCUGAGUUCACUCCAACCAGACUGGUAGUGAAGCAUGGUGACCCAACCUCUGCCAUCUGCUCUGUAUGUCAGCAUGCUUGCCUCGACAACGGCACCAUUUAUGAUCUGGAGAAAGUUGUUGGAGACACAUCAAUAAAUGGAACCACAAUUUUAUGGACGGUUGACAGACUGACUGAAUGGCACACAUCUCCCAUUUGCUAUUAUAGCAAUGCUGCUUACCAGUGUUGUAGCUCCCUGCAUGUAACUGUGUACCAGCCUCCAGACAGUGUGUCCUUCAGCUUUGUUAAUCACACUGGGCCGAUGUUGGAGGGACAUCAGUACACUCUGCAGUGUACAGUACAGGACGUUGCUCCUGUUGAAAACCUCGUUGUGACGUUCUACAGAGGACAGACAGCGCUGGGUCAACUGCAGUCCAACAACACAGAGAAGGAACCAGUGACUGAGAUCUUCUCUUUAAACAUCACACCCAGUAAAGAAGACGAUGGAGUCCAGUUCUGGUGUGAAGCAAAGCUAGAACUGGGACCUGAUGGACCACAGCGCCCUCCAGUGGUGACGUCAGAAAACAUCACUGCCACUGUGCACUAUAAGCCUCAACUAAAGUCAUCAUCUUCAGAUCUAAUCACCGUCACGGAAGGAAACUCUCUACAACUGAACUGCUCGGCUGUGGGAAACCCCCGCCCCUCGUACACGUGGACAUCACCUAUCCGUUCCUACUCCAAUGGCAGCGUUCUCACUAUCGACUCUGUAACAUCUGCGGAUAAAGGGCAGUACACCUGUUCUGUCAGCAACCAUGUGGGGACUGCCACUGUGAAGUUUGAUGUGGAUGUCAAAGAAAGCUACAUUGGACUCAUUGUAGGUGUGAUUGCAGCAGUUGCUCUUCUGGUUGUCAUCUGUGUAGUAAUUGGAUACUUACUUUUCUACAAACCCAAUCGGAUGGGACAAUACAACCUGAAUGACGAUUUCUGUUCGCAAACAAACCACUCUGCCGUGCCCUCUGUAGAGUAAGUCUGUGGUACGGCAUGAAAUGUGUAUAGGCUGUUUGCAUCUUGCUCUCCCUCAUGUCCUGUCAUGUCUCUACUGAAGCUAUCCAAUGACAUAAAAUGCCCCAAAUCAUAAAAAAGGAGUUUAAGUCAAGUUUCAACUUGUGCAACCUAAACUGAAUGGAACAAGUCACUAGCUCUCUGGCUUUACAGAAGCUUAUUUUACUGUAAAGCACAGUGUUACACUUAUUAAGGAGAUACGUAUACAGCUCAGAACAGUUAAAACAAGUAUUAAAGAGAAUAGAAAAUAAAGUUAAAAUAGAACACGACGGGUAUAAAAUAAAAGAUACAGUGCAGUGUAAGAAAUGAACAAUUACUUAGUUUAAUAAAAGGCAGCGUCAAACAGAAACGUCUUCAGCCUUUAGUUAAAAGAACUGAGGAUUGCAGCGCACUGCACUUUUCUGGGAGUUUGUUCCAGAUAUGUACAAACUGAACGCUGCUUCUCCAUGUUUAUUUCUGACUCUGGGGAUAGAAAGCAGACCCAAUGACCGAAAAUGUCUGGGUGGGUCAUAAUGAGGCAGAAGAUGUAAAACCAAAACAAAACAAUAAACAGUUUGCUAAGGGAAAUGGGAAACUAGAUUCAUGUCAACAAGUCAAUACUAUGCGGUGCUUAUUUGGCCAAUUUUGGCUGAAACCUCCAGCGUGGCUGUUUUACUGUUUCUCUCUGUUGUAUUUCAGUUGUGUUACUGCAAAGAACUUCAUAACUUUAUUUAGAGCUGUGUUGUAUAUACUGUAUAAAGCUUAAGAGUAGUACGUGAUAUUGCUCACAUUGAACUUCACAGUUGUGUGUUAACCCACUGGAAGUGUGUGCCUGACUUCAUUUCAACCCACAGACAGAGCAGUUUCCUGUUUCCAGUUUCCGUGUGAAUGUGCAUGUAUUUGUUUUGUACAUUUGUGUGUAUGUGUGUGUGUGCGCUGUAUUGAUGUUAGUGACACUGAAAAAGAGGAAUUUAUACAAGCAGCUGUAUAAUAAUGAACUGCUCACUGGAACUUUAAUAAGAAAAUAUAAGGUUUUAUCACGUUUAUUAUUUUGUUUUUUAAAUAAAUGACAUUUUGUUCAUGCUCAAUGAGAUGCAUACAAGUUUCAUUGAUAUUUUAAUGCAUUUAAAAUACAUGGAACAAGGUACUGUCAAUUAACAGUAAUUUAAUGGAGACAGUGUCUAAACACCACAAUAUAAAUGUUGUUGAAAAAAAUACGACAUUAUUGGC